AUGGACACAACGCCUGUGGUAAGACGCAUUGUCCAUGACAAUGACCGCAGUUCGUCCGUUUGCCGCUUGAGAGGCUGGGAUCAUGUCAUCGACGUACGUCUCAAACACUCGAAGUCAUUUCGCGGUGAUAGUUGGCAAUGGCUCUUUAUGACCGCUCAUGAAAGAUCAAAAGAAGUGAAAAUACUACUGAACAACGUACCUUUGGCACUUGAACUGCCUUUUCUUCCGUCUCAACUUUACUCGUUUGAGUCUCACAUCCCGCCACAGGAACGGGCUUGGCUACGUCUCAAAAUAACCUUCUUUGGUGUUGAGGGCAUCUUAUAA